GUUCAUGUAAGAUACAAAACAAGUCAUUUAUUUGAUGCAUGUUUAAACUACAACGUGGGAUCAAUCUGUUAUAUCCACGUACUGCACACUAAACUAGAAUAUGCUCCACUAACGUUACGCCAUUUACUAAUCGUCAUCCCUAGAGCAGAGCAGGAUCGACAACAUGGCGGCUUUGUCAACCCAAUCAAUGAAGCAGGCAAGCUGCGUUUCCUGCAAAGCAUUAGUUUAGUAUCGAAGUACAACGCAACGUCGCAUAUGUUUUACAAAAUAAUAAAAAAAAACACUAAUUUAGAACAGUGUUGAUGCGAAACCUCAGACGACAUGUUUUCCAGCACACAUCCCCAAAACAGGAAAUGCCCUCCCUCGGCGUUUGUUGCGGUCCAAAUGUGCAGCUAGUGACGUCAUACACUUUAUGCAUCCUUUAUAUUAAAUGUACAUCAUCAUAAUGCCAGCGGAUGCGUUAAUAAAACCUGAUUUAGAUCUUUUAAACCGAUAAAGACUACCAAAGGUUAAGAUAAGGUGUUUUUUAAUACGCCAUGCAUUCGUUAGAUGUUUCCUGUAUUCCGAUGUCUUAAGCGACAAAAUCCUAUUUAAAGUUUCAUUCGUCAGCAUGUAUUUUAAAACCCACGGAUGAUGACGUACUUUUAAGGAGCUCAGUCCAUUUUUCGGCUAUGAUUUUUUUUCUGGCAUGAACCUGACCCCGCCCAGUGUGCGCUUUGUGCGGUGUUGCGAGCGAGGUGCGUCGACGCCAUCUUCUAGCGCUUUUCGCGAUGCGAACGAAACGUAUGAUUUGAACAGCAGUCUCCGUAACACAUAGUUCUUCUUCUAAAAAAAAAGUCUAUUAAAGAUCCACCGAUUUUAAGUAUGACGAGCGGUUACGGAGAUUUAAAGUUAAUUGCGCCCUACUGUCGUCCUCAUUUGUCGGAUCUCCGGGUGCGCCGCUCUCCCCUCGCAGCUCAGGGCCCGCCCACAUGUGGAAUUCAAAUGAUGUCAUCGGCAGCCAAUCAAAGCAGAGAAAACUGGACAAUGAAAGUAUUAUUGGUCAAGGGCAAUGUCAUUCAUUCAUGAAGGCCAGGGAGGGGAGAGAGCGGUGAAAAAUCGCCAUUUUGGUCGCUUUACGGAAAGACAAGACACAGCGACAUGAAAAUAAUACCCUAGCUCCGAAAUAGCUCAGAUGUAGUUCGUCUGAAUAUCCGUUUACAACACCAACGUCCCGAAAAUUAAAACUCGAUGAUGAUUUGAAUGGCGUAACCAAUCCAGUAUGAAAAACAGCUCGACUGAACUAGUUAAUUCGAGAUUCGUUUUCCUUAUGACUGUAUAGGUUCUGUCAUAGACGCAUCACGUCGCAGUUUUCUGCUUUGUCUUGCUGUGUUUCUCCACACUCUGCGUUGCAUAGGUCUUCGGCUGCUAGGCGUUAGUUUUAUAUUACAGACUGCGCGUGCGCAGGAGGAUGCAGUUUGGAUCCAAUUCAGUAUGGGGGAGGGUGCGUGUUUGUAUCUAGGUUGAGGAGUUUGGUUGAAGGCGUCUGAUCGAAGAGCAACGAAACCCGUGCAACAACAGUGUUACAUUUGUUUAUUACAACAUAUGACAUGUACUUCGACUGCCUUUUUAAAAUGUAUCACUAUAUAUUUGAAAGACUAAAUUGUUCAGCGGGGCAAAAAUACAUAGACGUCUUGUGCGCAGAACCAAGCAUACAAAGUGAAUCUGUUUUCAAUCAAAUGGAAUUAUUACACUUUUAUGAGUCUAUCCAGAAGUUUAUAUUUAUACUUCUGGUUAUGUCGCCCACCUUGAAAGGAAUUUAGGAAAAAAAACUGCUUAACAUUUAUGGUUACAUAACAGAUUUGCAGCCAUUCAGUGUUUUAGGCUUUACAAGUGUUCAUAUUCAACUGUCGUAGGCAAACUCUCGUGUAAAGUUAGUCUGUAUCAUCCUUUUGCAACCCUCUUAAAAAAACAUAUUUUAAACUAUUUGUUUACCUAAAAGGAAACACCUAAGGCUGAUAAUGCCAGUCCAGCUGCCUAUGAAUAGAAGACGUGCAGAAAGUAAUUUAUUAGUUAUUUUAAAGUAUAUCACAUUUCGUUUUAAUUCAUAGGAAGUGGGUUAAAAAGUAAAAGUGUUGCUUUGGGUUACGUUAAAGAUAAAGGAAUCCGUUUUUCUAUAGAACUUGACCAGAGUGCUACUAUAUAGCGUUGACUGUCGGUGCGUACCAACGGGAUAUAUCGCCCUCCGAAGGGCCCUUCGGGAAGGGGAUACCACACAAAACAUGGCUCCAAAUAAAGAGAAAUGACGUAGUUUUUACAGAGGCCGAUUUAAACGGACACAUUGAGAGAUACAGUUGUGUUUUUCCCUUUAGAGUUUACACAUUAAGAGCUACUCUUCUAAAGGAGGAGUGCAUAGGGACGAUCACUUCUGAAUGGAACGCAGGGAGUAUGUAUUAUUUUAAGCGAGUGGUCUUUCGGACUUUUCUGCUUGGCAAAUGACAAGACCACCUAAAAUGAGUACUUAUUUCGGGUCUCAAAUGUCAGAGAUUCCACGUGGUAGUAUCAACUCAAAACACUGUAGCAACUGUACAACAGUUAAUUUCGCAUUACAAAGCACCACUCACAUUUUAUUAGGAAAAUGUAAACACGUUUUAAAAUCCCCGUCAAAUCUUGGGUUUCUCAAGUAAUUCCCAAAGCAUUAUUGUGUCCAUUGUUUCUCCCUCUUUUGGUAUUCAUUUCACUAGGCCAAGCCUGGCUUCUCCAAAGCGGGAUGCGGACUCCUAUGUUUGGACUGUAUGAUGAGAGGAAUGCGCGCUCCCGUUUGCCGUGGAUGAACCCUCUCUCAUGCCCGAGCCCCUGAGGUUCUGCACCGGGAAACCCCGCGGAAUGUAGAGGCGGAGCGCGCAGUGACAGAGACCCGGGCGGGGGCCUCGUGGAUGCACUUAGAUGUGUGCAAUGAGUGCUGUGGCUGACAUGCCUCAGUGUUUUGGAUUGCUGUGCUCUGGACUCAGUAGGACAAGAGACUCCCAGCACAGAACGUCAUGAGCAUAGUCAUCCCAGUAGGGGUGGACACGGCCAACACCUCGUACCUGGACAUGGCUGCAGGCUCAGAACCAGAAUCUGUGGAGGCAAGCUCCGUGGUAGUGGAGAAGUCCAGCUACCCUCACCAGAUUUACAGCAGUGGGUCCCACCACUCCCACGGCUACAUCGGUCUGCCUUACGCCGACCAUAACUAUGGGGCGCGACCCCCACCCACCCCGCCAGCUUCCCCAACUCCCUCGGUUCUGAUACGGCCGGGAGAAGGUUUGUUCGUGUCCGGGGGCCGGGCGAGCGAGGGCCUGUUUGUGCCGGGCGGACAGGACGAGGCGUCGCGUGGCACAACGCUCAGCACCUCGGAAGACAGCAGCUACGGUGCUGACAUCACACGCUGCAUCUGCGGCUUCACUCACGACGAUGGCUACAUGAUCUGCUGCGAUAAGUGCAGUGUUUGGCAGCAUAUUGACUGCAUGGGGAUCGACCGGCAACACAUUCCCGAGACGUACCUGUGUGAACGCUGUCAGCCCCGCGCGCUGAAUAGAGAGCACGCCAUCCUUCUGCAAACCAGGAAGCGAGAAAACAUGUCUGAUGGGGACACAAGUGCUACAGAAAGUGGCGAUGAGGUUCCACUAGAGCUGUACACGGCUUUUCAGCACACCCCGACCAGCAUCACGCUCACCACAGCGCGUCUCGGCCACAAACAGGCCGAGAAAAAACGAAAGAAGAGCGGAGAAAAGGAGUCGCCGGCUCCAACCAGAGCAAAGAAGUCAUUCCGAGAAGGCUCUAGAAAAUCGUCUAGAGUGAAGGGCUCAGCUCCCGAGUGCGACCCGUCAGAUCCUCCCUCUCUUUGGGAGAAUAAGAUGAAGUCAUGGAUGGAGCGCUAUGAGGAGGCCAGCAGUAAUCAGUACAGUGAAGAAGUGCGGAUACUGCUUAGAGUCAAAGAGGCUCGAGACGGCAAGACGCUGGCCUAUAACACACACACCGCAGCCUUCAAACCACCUGUAGAGAGUCACAUACAGAAAAACAAAUGCAUUCUGAAGGCCGUGAGGGACUUGGCUGCUGACUCGCUCAUAAUCGAGUACAGAGGGAAGGUCAUGCUGCGACAGCAGUUUGAGGCCAAUGGUUACUUCUUUAAAAGGCCGUACCCGUUCGUAUUGUUCUACUCAAAGUUUGACGGUUUGGAAAUGUGCGUGGAUGCUCGGAGCUUUGGCAACGAGGCCCGAUUCAUCCGACGUUCUUGUACCCCUAAUGCUGAGGUGCGACACGUGAUCGAGGACGGCAUGCUGCAUUUAUACAUUUAUUCUCUGAGGUCCAUCAGCAAGGGCAGCGAGAUCACAAUCGGCUUUGACUAUGACUAUGGCAGCUGUAAAUACAAGGUGGACUGUGCUUGUGUGAAAGGCAAUCUGGAAUGUCCCGUACUCAAGCAAAACCUUGAGCCUACGGAAAACCUGGGCUCUAGCAUGCGACGCCGCGGUCGCAAGGACAAAGAACCGGUUCGGGACGAGAGCGGGCAGAACCAGAACCUCACGAUGGACUGCGACGACUCCAAAGGAAAAAUGCUAAAUGACGGCACACAGAGAAAACUCUCUCCUCUGCGCCUCUCCAUCUCCAACAAUCAGGAUCCUGAGUUAAUAGAGGAUCUAGAAGAGAAAACCUCCGUUAGCAAUGAAGUAGAGAUGGAGUCAGAGGAGCAGAUUGCAGAGAGGAGGAGGAAGAUGGGCAGCCCGGCAGAGGAGUCUCAGUGUCUCGUUGCAGGGGCAUCCUGCUGCAGAGCUCUGAGAAACAAACACAAGGAGACACGUGAAGAGAGGAAAAUGGAGGCGAUUCUUCAAGCCUUUGCUCGGAUGGAGAAGAGAGAGAAGCGGAGAGAGCAGGCAUUGGAGAGAAUCGGCACUAAGGGAGAGAUCUGCGGACGCAGCGAUAUAAAAGAAGAGCCGCCCCCCACACCAGAGGCCGAGACUCCUGUUUUAAUACAUCCCAUGCUCGAGGAUGUGAAGGAGGAGCCCUGUCACAAACCGGCAAAAGUGAAUCGUAACAAGCAGAGGAAAAGCUUCACACGGAAUCGCACUCACAUCGGACAACAGAGACGGCGUGCGCGCACCGUCAGCACCUGCUCCGACUUACCGCCUAGUCCACCCGGCGACGGAUUGGAGCCGUUAUUGGCAGAGACUCAUGACGGAGAGAUCCCCUCGGCGCCCGAGUCUGAUGUGCCACAGACGCAUGCUCCUGACACCAGCCCGCCCCAGAGCAGCUCGCCCGCCCCAGCAUGCCGUGGUGGACAGAAGUACCCCAAAACUAAAAAGCACUUAGUGAGCGAGUGGAUGGGUGUCGACAAACCGGAGCGGGGAGCUUCGAGGACACCGGAGCGAGGACCUUCACGGACACCGGAACUGCCGCCUGAGAGGCCUCUGAGGAUCAGCAGUGACCCAGAGGUCUUGGCUACGCAAUUGAACUCUCUACCAGGCAUGGCCUGCAGCUCGCACGUCUACAGCACACCCAAACACUACGUCCGCUUCUCGUCUCCGUUUUUGGCCAGCCGUAGCACUAGCAAUCCCGGCGUGCCCACCAGCAGGAGGCGUUCGCGAGAAAUGCCCGAAACGCCGACCACCACCGGCUCCUGCAAGAAGCGCUGGCUGAAGCAAGCUUUAGAAGAGGAGGGCUCUACCAGCCCAGGAGGAGGAUGCCUGUCUCUACUGAUGCCCACUGAGAGCCCUCUCAGUCCUUCUAUCAAUGGAGAGUCCUACAGCCCUCUACCCCUCAACGGAAGUUGCUCACUACCAGAGUUGCCUACCCCGUUGAAGAAACGGCGCUUAUGUUCGCUUGAUCCGUCUAUGUCGGAGACCUCCACUCCAUACGGAUCUCCAUGCGCCACCCCGACGCGAACAGAGUCGACAGAUGCACCGGGCACCCCCCUGCUGCUAGCCACGCCUCCUCGGCCACGUCCCGAGGAACCAAGUUCUGAACCAUUGACACCCUUGCAGAUUCCUAGCCACCCUCCACAACAGGAGAGCGAGUCAUCUAUGGACAGUUCUCCAGAUGGUAGCAGGAGGCCCAGCACACAAGAUAUGGAGCGGCCACCGUCGCUGUUGGCAUCUCCCAGCGUGAGGACGUCGGUCCCUGAUACAGCACCGCAGGAGCCUGUAAAACCCGCCGGAUCCCAGAGUCCUCCGCCCUCGCUCCUUGAGCCCCAGGAUGCUACCGUGGAUGACAGUAUGGAGGUAGAGGGGGGAGUCUCAGAAGCUGCUUCGACAUCUGAGACACCUGUGUCUUCUUUACCCCCCUGGAUGAAGAGUCCUGACCGAGGAGGUCUGUCUUUUUCCUCAAUGAACUCUAACUUGAGAGACCUCACACCCUCUCACACUUUGGAGUUGGGGGCGUACAGGCCAGAUUCUACCUCCGCCAGCCCCUUCAGCGAGACGGCGCCUUUCUUCUCCUGCAGCGAGGAGGGGAGCGGCGUUCCCUUCGCCCGCUCGUUGAGCGGAGAUAGCGGUGCGGAUGGAGGAGCAGCAAAAAACCCGUCACAGAAGAAAAAGGUCUCUCUCCUGGAGUACAGGAAGCGUCAGCGUGAUGCACGGCGAAGCGGCUCAAAGGGAGAGUGCAGCUCCCCUGUUUCCACAGCGCCUCCAGUGGACAUAUUUCCUGUUGCCGUGGAAAUGGCCCCCGAGCCACCUGCUUUUGCAGCAACUCCGACCCCGAAGACCCCUCAGCCGUGUGAAGAGCCCGACGCCGCAACUCAGGAGAGAGAUGGAGAGGGCCAGUGGACAUCAUCCACAUCCGUAGAGCAGGCGAGGGAGCGAGGCUACCAUAGGGCACUGCUGAUGAGCGACCACCGCAAGGAAUCAGACUGUGGCGAGGCAGAAGGGGAUGCUCAGAUGAAGGAAUCUCUUUCACCCAAGAGUUGCAAAAGCCCUUCAACACAUGCACCCUGUUCUCCAGCACCCCAGACUGUGUCUCGCCCAUCUAAGGAUGAGGACAGUGAAACCCAACCUCGCGGUCCUUCCCAACCCCAAGCGCUGUCCGUCCAGCAGUCCAGCACCAAGACUUCGAGCUCCAAACCGGCCACUCUGACGCCCAACAAGCUUCACUGCGGACCCUCCGGUGCCUCCCAGAGUCACUACGCUGGACCUUCGCUCCUGCACUCUCCCAAAGCUCAACCCCAAGGUUCACCUUACCGCGGCCAGCGAGCCUUCCAGAACCAGCCUCUGCCCAUGGCCACGUCUGGGCCGGCCCCUUUCCCUCAGUAUAACCCUCAAAAUGCCCCACCUCCACCGCCCCCUCCUCCCCCGGCACCUCCUACCUCUGCGCCCUACUUCCCUAGUCAGGUGACCGCAGCCGCAACGCCUUUCCCUGCGUUCAAGCCCACCGUGGCCUCGCCAUUUCCUCCCGGCUCUCAGUCUCUACUGCAGACCCAUCAUGCGUUGCAUUACCAGAGCAAUGCCGCGCCUCCCCCGCCACCACCUCCUCUCCCUCCCCACCCGCAGCCCGGCCCCACCUUGCUGCAUGUCAACCUGCAACCUCCACCAAUGCAGCAGCAUCAACUGCUGCUAAGCUCUGCGCCACCACCACCACCUCCUCCGCUGCCUCAGGCACAGAGUUCUCAGCAACCCCAGCCUACUAGCGGCACACUGCUGACUAUCAACCAAGGACCACACCCAGCGACCCUCCCUCCUCCUCCUCCGGCGCCCUCCAGCAAUGCGCCGCACCCGUUCCAGAACAUCGGUGGCUAUCAAACCACUCUGCUUCACCAAUCAGCACCAACCAACCCCUCGUUAACCCCUUCGACUUAUCAGCAAACUGUAUUGCCCCCUCCCCCUCCUCCGCCACAAACCCCACCCACACAGACUGCAGCCAAUCCGAAUGUCUCGCAGAUCGCCGGCGGCAAUCGAGGACCUGCCCCUUCAUCCGCCCCAUUUCACAGUACUGGCUACUUGGGCACAGGAUGGCACUGACCACACCUUCUUAGACACUGCCUCCAAAUGAACUCUUCCAGAGAUGGGGGCGGAGCCACACUGUGUAACAUAGCCACUGUAAAUAUUUUCUAUGUACCUUUUCACAAAGGCUAACGGAAAACGGUGGGGAAAGGGGGACAUUUUAAAAAGAAAUAAAUAAGAAACUGUUCAACUAGACUGUGUAAAAGAUGAUGGUUAAUGAACCCUGGUGCUCAUCACUUACCCACAAUGCCCUCCUUUCGAUAUCUUUGUACUGCCUUCCUGUCUUUUCCAGAUGUCUCGAUUUAUUUUUAAUGUUUUAUUCAUUUUAAUCUGCUUUCCUAUCUCUUCUUGUCGGUUCCCCGUCUAUCCUCCCAGUGCAGUGCAGUGCAAUGGGACAUUCCAAUCUUAUCCUCACGUUUCCCUUCUUUUUCUGUCACUGUUUAUUCACUCAUCAGUUAUUUGUUUUAUCUAGUGGCUCAUUAUAUAGCAAAAAGGUUUUGUAUAGAGAAAAAAUACAGAAUUAUUAUUUUUUUUAUUCCUCCAUGUAACGAAAAUACCUGUGCACCGCUGCAGAAAUUCAGAGAAGACCUUUCUUAUAGGCCGCUUCACUGCCCCAGGAGACUGCACUUGCCAAGUGAGCAAGUCUGUGUGCAUGAAUGUCUGUCUUUGAGCAGAGGGGAGAGUGUGUGCUUGUGCAGUCUGCGUCUGCGCACGUGUAGUCCAACCACGCCAGAGGCGGAAGGUAAAUACGACGCAGACAGAUGUGUGCUGUUCUCUGAGGCAGCUUUAAAGAAAGAGAGAAAGGUCCUUCCUGUAGGGGGUAAGCGGUUUAUUUUUGAAUAUCAAUGGUUAUUUGUAGAAAGUGUAAUUUAAUGUAUAGGUGGUUACUCCAGCUUUCUCCAGAAACAGUUGUACAUAUUGGCUUCUUUUCUUUUCUAUGCUUGUAUAAUCGCUCCCAUCCCCAUUUUGGAAUAUGGUUGUAAAUACAAGCGCUAUUGGCAAAAAAGCUGAAUGUUUCUGUGACCGUAGCACUAUUUUUAUUUCUUCCUCUCUGGUUUGUUUAUUUUUUUUUUACUGUUUGUGUGUGAGUGUAUGUGUGUGUGAAGGACAGAGGUUCACAGACACAGCACUGGUUGGCUAUUUUCAUGGUUCAUUAUAAUAAAUCACUGUAAUGACAGUUUUAUACCAA